CCCCAGGCUGCAGCAGGGAAGCUCUCAUUGGACGGGUCGCUGCAGAACUCCAGCUGUGAGCUGCAGGAAACAAUGAGACGCCUGGGCUCCAGCUCAGAAGAUCGCCCCCGCCUCACCGGCACCCUCUCCUGCCUGAAGAGUGCCAAUGAAGCAGGUGAGAUGAGACGCAGCUCUGAGCCCCAACAGGACAGUGAUGCCUUCUCUCCCUUUAGCUCCCCCUCUGGCUUUGUCAGCCCCUCCUCCCCCCUUCCACCAACCGGUGCCCACGGACGCUCCAUCUCCAUAUCAGUGGUACCAUGUUCAGGAGAUCACAAACCUAUCUCAUUGGCUGAGGACGCGUUCCUGCCCAACACCCCUCCAGCCUCUCGAGCCUCGAAGGCACGCAUUGCCCUGCCCUCCCAGACCCCCCCGCCAGCCUCCCGCAAACUGCUGCAGCUCCUCCCCAACAUCACCCUGCCCAGGAGCAAGAGUCAGGAGUCCCAGCUGGCCAACCGCAUCGAGGUUCCGGCUACACACAGAGGCGGUAAGAGGAACAAAGUGUUGGGGGCUCUUCACAUCAACGGGAACACUCCUGAUGACUCGGCGCUGCGCUCCCCCCCGCUCUCUGCACGAACACCUGGCCCCGUCCCGGCCUCAGCCCCCUACAUGAUGCCCACCACCCCCACCCUGCUGGACAAUGUCUCCAUGCACAGGGGUUCCCCUCAGACAAUGAGGAGAGACAUUGGCCUUGCUGUCACUCACAGGUUUUCCACCAAGUCCUGGCUCUCCCAGACGUGCCAAGUGUGUCGCAAGAGCAUGAUGUUUGGCGUCAAGUGCAAACACUGCAAGUUAAAGUGCCACAACAAAUGUACCAAAGAGGCUCCCUCCUGUCGGAUAUCAUUUCUCACAUUGCCCAGGAUGCGGAGGGCAGAGUCAGUGCCGUCAGAUAUCAAUAACCGGAUUGAUCACACAGUAAUGAUCCCACUGCAGUUCGGCACUUUACCUAAGGCAAUAACCAAAAGGGAGCACCCCCCCAGUUUGAGCCAGCUGGACUCCAGCAGUAACCCAUCAUCCGCCACCUCCUCCACACCUUCCUCCCCGGCACAUUUCCAGCACAACAACCCCCCCAGUGUGAGCACCACCCCCCCAUCCAACCCGUCACCACAGGCCUCCCGGGACAGCCGCUUCAACUUCCCAGAUGUUCCUGAGUCCACACACACUGCUGUUCAACAUGCUGGAGGCUCCAGUCAGUCUGGACUGUCGCAGGUGGCCUUCACUGACACACAGCUGUCAGCGACGCAGCGAGGGGGGGAGGAAGACUACCCAGCUAAAGAUGAGGAAGCAGGCGAAGAUGGCGACACAAACCAGAGCUUUCCCCCUGAAGAGGGGGAUGCGGACGGGCUGGAGGACCUGCCUUCUUCCAUCUGCCGCCGGGGGGCCGUUGGCCGCCGGAGGGGGCCGUUAUCUCGUAUGCCCAGCCAUACCAGCGUCUACCUGCAGGAGUGGGACAUCCCGUACGAGCAGCUGGAGCUGGGAGAGCUCAUUGGCCAGGGGCGCUGGGGGAAGGUUCAUAAGGGCCGCUGGCACGGGGAGGUGGCCAUCCGCCUGGUGGAGGUGGACGGGAACAACCAGGACCACCUGAAGCUCUUCAAGAAGGAGGUGAUGAACUACAGGCAGACCAGGCACGAGAACGUCAUCCUGUUCAUGGGCGCCUGCAUGGCCCCCCCACACCUGGCCAUCAUCACCAGCUUCUGUAAAGGUGUGACUCUAUACUCUGUUGUAAGAGAACGAGGUCACCUGUUAGACAUCAAUAAGAUCAGGCAGAUUGCACAGGAUAUUGUAAAGGGAAUGGGUUAUUUGCAUGCCAAGGGAAUAAUUCACAAGGACCUGAAGUCCAAGAACGUGUUCUACGACACCAACAAGGUGGUCAUCACAGACUUUGGCCUGUUUGGGAUGUCAGGAGUGGUUCAGGAAGGCAGGUAGGAGAGACAUGAAAUGAUCCGCUGUAAUCUGUAUCUCUAUAUCUAAUGAUCUGUACCUCUGGCAAACCAGUGUUCAUUAGUAGUGUGUGUGUGUGU